ACAGGAGGGAGCCUCGUUGAGCUGCGAGUGUGUAGGGGUAGGGUGUAGUGCGUGGUUUGGGAUUGGGCCAUCCUGAAUAAUCAUUCGAAGUCGGCGGCUACAGGAAGAGGAAGAACUCGGCUGAGAUCAUGUUGACCACCUUGCUUUGCGGAGCUGUCGUGUUUCCAGGACUUUUCUUUAGCUUCAGGAAAGGACUGAGAGACACGUUCACACACUGGAGUGAAGCUGACGUAGUUUGCGUCAGUGAGAGGCUGGUUUCCGCCAUCCAUGCAUUUCUGGCUACUGCAGCUGGAGUCACAGUGGUGGCAUCCUGCAAUGACGUCAUCACUGACAGUCACUGGCUGGUCAACUGGUUUGUUUUGUUCGGAGCUCCCUAUAUGGCCUUUGACAUCUUCGCCAUGUAUCUGAGCCACUACCACACUCAGAGGGUCAGAGGUCAUUCCAGCUCAUUGAGCGGCCACUCUCUUCAGACGGUGAAGGCCUUCCUCAGUAAGGACUGGAUGUUGGUCCUCCAUCACCUGGUGCUGCUACUCAUUUUUAUGCCCAUCACUCUGUUCUUCAGGAGGGGACUGGGGGAUUUCUUCAUCGGCUGCUUGUUCACCACAGAGUUCAGCACACCUUUCGUCUCUGUAGGAAAGAUUCUCAUCCAGCUGGGCCUCGAUGACACCAGGCUGCACCGGAUCAACGGCGUCAUCAUCCUCUGGAGCUUCUUCACCUGUCGGAUCCUGCUCUUCCCCUUCAUGUACUGGAUGUACGGCCGGCAGUUUGGGGUUCCCCUGCACAGAGUGGCCUUCCAUCUGCCGCUGCACUGCAACGUGGGUAAUCUGGCCAUCCUGGCUCCUCAGGUCUACUGGUUCAUCCUGCUGCUGAGGAAAGCUAAGAGACUGUACCUGAGACAGAGCCGAGGGGGGGGGGGACGGAACCGGGCGGAAGACGGACUGAGGCUAAAGAUAGGACAAAGCCAUUAAGGAGGAAUGAAAAGUGAUCUAUAAAUCUAAUAUAUUCAGGAAUGUGGUCUUUCUUGGAAAAGGUGUUACUAUCAUGUGGAAAAAAGUAAUAGUUUGAGAUUUAUGUUGUAAUAUUUUGAGAACUUCAUUUUUUUUCUUCUUUUAUAUUUAAGGUAAUAUUUGAUCUGAGUUAAAUGGAAGAAUUCGAAAUAUACCUAGCAAUAACUUAUUAGAUAGUUAGUAAUACUUAAUUACUAUUUUUCAUUACAUUCUAUAAUAUGAAUAAUAUUUCUAUUUCUGAAAUGCUGUUACUUUCGAAACACUUGCCAACUUUUCCCACUUUUUAUUUUUCUAAAAAUGUAACUUUAGAGAUUAUUCUGGAAUAUUAUCACUUUCUCAAAAUAAUACUUUUUUUCUUUAAAUGUAUGACUUUCAAUGACUGGCUCCAAUGUUCAAUCAUCAUGCACUACGGCAUAAUGUAGCUUUAUAACUGGAAAUGAUUUGUUUGUCUGCUGUAUGUACUUGAGAAACUACCGUAAAUGAUAUGUUAUUACUGGAGCUUUACUGUUUGCAGAGAAUACUUUUGUACCAAUAAAACAAAUACUCUUUACUUGAUAAAAAAUAUGUUU